AUGAAAAAGCAAAAGCCAAAAUCGAAACGAAAGACAAAAAGUAGAUCCAAAGAAGGAGGUUCCCGUCAUAGCUGGGUGGAUGAUCUGGAUUGGAUGCCGGUUGAGACGGGUGAUGCCCAGGAUGACGAAGAUGGCGGUUUCUCCAUUAUUUCGUGGAAUGUUCUUGCAGAUUCCUACUGCUCGCCUCGUUCCCAUAGAUGCCUUCCACAAAAGUCGCAGAAUCACAUCUUCAAUCGCAAUCAACGACAUCAUCAUGUGCAAAAGACCCUUUGUCAACUUGUGUCAUCACUUGACAGACCAAUAUUUGCUCUGCAAGAAGUGGAUGCACCUCUUGGAGUUCUGACAAAAUUUGAGGAGUUGGGUUAUGAUGGUAUUGAAACCCCCACUAGUCCAGGUGGAAAGAAUGGUAGAGUUGAUGCAUGUGGUCUGUAUUUCGAUCGGGAGGAAUGGGUUUGCUUGAAGAGUGAAGCGGUCCCGCUUGACGAUUUGGCAACGCUUCGGUCCAAGUCUACGACGGAAGUAACCGUUGGUACCAGAAAUAAUCUUCAGGGACUACAAGCAAGCUUCUUGCGAAAAAAUAUGGCUCUGCUGGUCAAGCUAAGAAAUGUGAAAGUGAACAAGACUGUUGUGAUUGCUGUGCUACAUCUGUAUUGGAAUCCAAACUACGAAUAUGUCAAGUUAUGCCAGACACACCAUAUAAUGAGAAAUGCAAAAGAUUUCUGCGAUGGCGAUUCCUCGAUUCCACUUGUAGUUUGCGGUGAUCUUAAUAGUCAACCAGAGAGUUAUGUGUACAAAUAUCUGUCUUCUGGGACAAUAAAUGCAAAGCUGGUCACCCCUUGGUACUCAAGUAUCGGCUUUGUAGAUCAAAUGAAGGAAGAGACGCCUCCACAGACGGACGAAGAGCUGCUCCAAUGGGCUCUGUCUCGAAAGUUGAAGAUUCAGGACGAUUCCUCUCCGGAUGGUAGUGAUGAUGGUGAUGAUUUGAAGGGUCCGGUGAAACCAAUUCGGUAUCUGCUGGACUUCACUCUCAACCGCUUUUGCCGGUGGCUACGAAUAUUGGGGAUUGAUGCCGUUCUCGAAACGGAGGAAGAAGAAAAGCUCCGGACAAAGGAUGGAAAUUUGGUUAUUUUCGAUCGGUGUCGAACGGAAAAGAGAACCCUAGUAUCGACUUCUACUAAACUUUUGCUUCGAAAAGACUGCCCGCCUGGGGCUUACCUCUUGGAUACAAAAAGUCUUGCGAAUUUGGAGCUCUCUCUGAUACAUCUCUUGCUCUCUCACGGGGUCAAGCUGCAACCGCGCACGUUUCUGACUCGCUGUGUUGUGUGCAACGGAAUGAUAUGCAAGGUCACAGACGAGAACCAGAUCAAACAAAUUUUUGAGGCACAUAGCGCUCCAGACCAACUUCACAAGGAAAUAUUUGAAGUGUUUCAGUGCAAGGGCUGCCAACAGGGGUACUGGUGGUGCGAAAAGCCCACUAGCUCUGCAUCAAGAGUGAAAUCUCAAGCUGCUAGCCUUUUGGAGGCAUGCAUACGGGGAGGAGUUCCUUUGGAUAAGGACAUGGCCAUGUUUGACUUUGUAGAUGUGGAAGAAGUCAAAGCACAGGCAUCCUCAAACGCUGAGGAUGGUGGUGACGGCGAGGGUCUCAAAGGAUGCGCCGAAUCGAAUCUAUUCUUGGAACGAUUGGAUGUUAUCGAAUGGCUUCAAGAUGAGGGGUUGGCGAACCCCUUUGGCCCGAUGAAAAGCGUUUAUUCCGAGUACAUGGGCGAUCAAGAAGGAAAAGAUGAGCGAUUGAAACCAGCAAAUGAAGAAAAGAUCCAAGAAAUUCCAUUGAUUCCAUUUACCAAUGUGACUCACGAUUUUGUGGGUCACUUGGAUCACAUAUUCGUCACCCAACAGCAAGCCUCGCCGAUGUCAAGUUCUUCUUCCAAUCGUACCUGCAUCUUGGAAGUGUCACAGCGUCUAUAUGUACCUACCACCUACAGUGAGCUGAACCCAGAGGGCGAAAGAAAUGGCCAUCUCUUGCCAAGUACGGCUUGGCCAAGCGAUCAUUUGGCCGUUGGUGCCAAGUUGACUUGGGGAAGAAUUGACGAUGAAGACGACGACAAGGAAGCAGUCUUGGAGACAAAUACAGCGGGUACUUAA